GGCAUAAAUUGCAAAAGUAAAAUUUCGACCGUACGAAUACAGUUUUUCUGCGUUUUAACAACGCUUUUCUACGAUUCUUUAUCAAAGGCGCUGUCCCAGGGAACUGUGCCCAAUGACAUCAUCCAAGCCUUUUGUAUACAGUUGCUAGGGGUUACUGGGUGACAUUUCAAACAGUCCUGCUCGAGAUACGCGGUCUCGUUUCUCUAUAUUAACAUAAAACGAACUGAAGACAAAGUUUGAUCUUUGUUUUAAACUGAGUACACUACAUUAGCAUAAACUUUGUGAGAUGGCAGAUUCUGUUCUAUCAGAAAAACUGCUUAUCACCGAGAGUGCGGAGAGCUUUCGUGGUACCUCAGUGUUCACGGAUCCUUAUGAACGCUCUGUUAAAUAUAUGGAGACUCAUAAUAUUCUUCAGAUAUUUCAGGACAUCACAGAGAAACUGGUUUUUGAUAGACCAGAUGAUCCACUUCAGUUCAUGUUAGAACAGGUGCAAAUGAAGAUCAAAGUCCGUGAUGAGUCAAGCAAUACAUUUGUCAAAUCAUAAUGAAUUCUAAAGCAAAGUAACAAGUGCUUUGCAAGGAAUUUAAUCUAAGUUUAUUCUUUUAUUUAUAUAUUUCUUUAAAUGAGGUGUUUUGGUUGCUACAGGUCAUUCAGUGACUCUGCAUUGUUGUUGUUUCCAAGCAACUGUCUUCCAAAUUUAUCAAGUUUGUGAGUGUCUUUGACCUAAAUAUCUCAAUAUACUCAAGUGGCAAGUUAGAUCUUUUAAAUCUAAAAACAAUAUGUAACUUGAGAGGAAUUACUGACAGGCGUUCUAUGGAUAUCGGAGCCACAUAAUGGAUUGAUUUGCAUGCUAGCAUUAUCACUCACAAUUCUCAGAUUGUUAUUGUUAUAUGAAAUAACUAUAUUUUAUAUUUUAUGUAUCUAUAUGUUAUAUAUCUAUAUAUAUUUUUUAUACAUCUCUAUUUUGUAUUAUUUUAUAAUACAAAGUAACUUCUAGUUUCCACAUUUUGCAAGUAUUCUCCAUAAAAUUGCUUGCCAGACACAAGCUGGCUUUUGCUCUGUACUCAAAUUUCCAUGAUGUAUCUUAGCUGCAUAAAUAAAGGAAGUCUUUGUUUAAAGUAGGCUCUUCUUACAGGGUAUUUCUAUAGUUAUUUACAUUUACUCUGGAGCAACAUCUUAUGUUUCAAGACUGGUUUAUCACAUUUUUAAAUAAAAAUGAAUAUCACAAUAAGUUCACA